CAGAGGAACCUCAUCAAAGCUUUGUGGUCACUCAGCUCAGUCCCAAGUUACUGCCCGGUUGUGUCAUUGACAGCGGUGACCUUGCAGGCCCUGCAGUAGGGCUGAGCUUGACAAUUAAUCUGAAUGGACUGUUGGGAUCAAUGGAAACCACAAAAGGAAUACCAGGAUCAGAGGAAAAGGAGGAGCUGCCCAGUAUGGAUUUAGACGGAGAGCCGGACUUCGACAGCUUUCCUAUUCUGGUCAGAUCCAUGUCAACGUCUCGGAGGCACAGCUGGGGGAUCCCCGUGUCCCCCAUCAACCUGGGGAGGAGGCUGAGUCUGGACACCAAUGGCAUGGACAGCGAUGGAGAGAGAGAGGAUGAUGAGGACGGACAGAAAAGUCUCUUCCAGUCCAGCCAGCAGCAGACCUACAGCUGUACAGCAUUUCCUGGAGAGGAGACAGAUGGCUCCAGGCUGAUGGUCCCCUGUCCAAGAGCCAGGGUCACCAGCAUGGCUGGUGGUGUGCCUGGUAGGCAUCUGUACUCUCGCUCAGACAUCCUCGCCACAGACGAAUGUUCCCGUGCUGCACACAUUUCUCAUAUUGUGCAGACAUCUAAACAGGCUGCAAGGGCUGCAGGAGAGGAGUUCGACCCUGAAGAAAACUUACAUUCUACUGAAGGACAGAGCCAUAUAGCGAAGCAGAGGAACAACAGAUCAGACAGCAAAGUUUCAGGAAGUGUCACUUGGUACGAGUUCCUCAAUAAUGAGAAUGAAGAAGAGGAGGACCGUACAGAGAAGGUGGAGAAGGGCACCAAGGUGAAGAGGACUCUAAGCUCGCUGAGGAACAGAGUGACCGGCUCCUUCAAUAAAGAUAAGGGUAAGAACCGAGAAAAAGAGCAUCACAAAGACAAAGAGAAAGAGAAGGAGAAGGAGAAGGAGAAGGAGCGGGAAUCCAAAGACAAAGUGUACAGCAGCAGAAGCAUCAACAGGCAUUCUUUGGUGCCGGGCUCCUUUUCCAGCUGUGCCACUUGCUCACUGUGCAGCAAGGCUCUACAGAGAAAGCAUGGCCUGCAGUGCAUGAGUGAGUAA